UGAAACUUCUGACCGUGCUGUGCUCGUGCGCGCUGGUCGUCCACCUCGGCGUGGAAUGCGCGGCGUCCUUUGUGGACGAGUUGGUAGCCGGCCCAGCCUACCGGCACCGCCGCUUCCGAACCAUGGUGCAGCCGGACCAGAUCAAGCUGCAGAAAGCGCUGGGCAUCAAGUGGUGGCACGGCAUGAUGUGGAGCGUUCCCGUCCGCUCGCCGUGGAAGGCGGCCUUCGACGGCACGAUGAGGGACACCUUCUCUCACACCUACAGCAUCAUCUCGCCUGAGGGGAAAGGCUUCGCCGGCACUGGACUGUGGGCCCAGAACACCGCCUCCGACAUCAUGCCCAUCUGGCAUGAUGGGGCGGCAGUCAAGUUUCAUAUGUUCACGAAGGGAGGAAUCUACAAGCAGGUUGUGCUUGGAAAUCCUCUGAAAUGCGAUGGCGCCAAGUUCGUCUUUGUCAUCCCCAAGCUCACCUUCUACAUUGCCGAGUCUACCUCGGAUAAGAACUACGCUUUCCUGUCCUUCGCCCUUGUCCCAGGUUGGACGAUGGAGACUCACAAUGAGUUCUCGCUCAAGGAUAUGGAGGCCAAGUUCCCUGCCCACUCGGGAAUAUUCAAGGCUGUGGCCGCUCUAGGCAAGAGUGACAGCCACAUCUACCUUUGAUCACGGCCAUCGCCAUCACGACCACCAUGAUGAUCAUGCUGAUGAUGAUGACCCCAUCACAGCCACCACGGCCAAUGCAGUCAUCGCCGCCACCAGCUUUUCGCAAUGUAACUGUACGCUGCAUGCGAGCAUAUCUUCGGGCAUGAGAUGUAUAGUGUUCUCAAGCCGGCAGAACUACAUGCGAGAUGAUACACGUGGGUUUUCAACGGAAGACUGUACUUCAAGAUGGCCGGGUACAGGUAGAACACUGGGUGUUGAGUACUGGUGGUUGCGGUGAACAUCCGCAGACACUGCGUCUGCCGGCCCUCAAAGAUUUGCACAUUUAUAGUAACAUAUUUACAUCAGACACUGGGGCAGAAAACGGCGGCGUCCUUUCGAGGAAGCCGGAGCUCACAGUUCGGGCCGCUUCGGUCAACGGGCGUCCGCGAGCCGUCGGAUGGCUGGGUGCAGGUGUCGCGUUCGCGCCGCGCGCAUGGACUUUUUGACCACUGGACUUUAUGAACUCUGGACGUUUCAAUACGCGUCCGUCGCCUGGCGGUGCCACACCAGCGCCGUCUGGUGGCGCGUCUUUAGCGUUAUCUGGCGGUGCGUCUUCAGCGCCGUGUGGUGGCCCGCCACCUUCGUCAUCCGGUCGUGCGGUGUUGGCGUCGCCUUGCGGUGGUCCUGAUGCUUCUAUCCUGGGACGUACUUCUCCAUGCUUCACUUGCUGUGCGCUGUCAAGGGCAGAGCCGGGUGGGUCAGCGCCAGUUGAGUGUGAGUGUGUGAAAUUCGUGAUUUUCAAAACACAUGUAUGUAUGCAUCAUUCUGACUUCGCGGUACAAUUUUUUUCAUAACCCCAACCUUAGCUCAAAGCUAAAAUUGAAUGUCGGAGAGCAUAUGAUUGUGAUUAUUAGCACAGCUCAUCUUGCUGAGCCCAUGUUGACGUCCAAAUUUUCUCUCCAAGAAAACAGCCUAGCUUCACAAAUGACUAUGGCCUUGUUAGGUCAAUCAAGUUUGGCUAUCUUGCCAGGUUAUCCGAACGAACGUCGUAUACUUCCGUUGCGAAGUAUCAUGAGCAAGAUCACACAAAGUGGCCGAUGUGGUGUAUGACAAUGACGCUGCAUUCAAAAGGGAUAUGCCACCGGUGCGUAUAAACACGGGACGUCACAGACAGCUCCCUCCUGUCCGGAAGAGAGCGUCCGACUGUGAUGACUUUACUAAGAUUCUUUCCUAACGAGGUAAAGUUCCUUUGCACGGAGCGGAGCGUUCCGUCAAAACCAUUUCCUCUGUCUGAGGCCUCUGCGAGAGAGGACUCAAGUGACAGCACGGUAGCCUUCCAUCGGCGCAGCAGACGGCAAGGGAAUCGGCAGAGGGAAGAACACGCCAACGGCGUGGCGGCAUGUGUGGCGCUCGGCUCCGCCCGCCGCCAUCCUGACCGAUCCGUGCCAGUGCCCGCCUGCGUCCGCGAUACCAGGCGCCGUUGACAGCCGGUGAGCCUCCAACACACCG